AUGGCUGCCACUCUGAAACCUGUCAGCUUAAGCCGCGCCGGCCAGAGGAGCGGCCCGGGGAGCUGCGCCGGGGGCAGAGCCGCGCCGGGCAGAGGGGCGGCCCGGGGAGCUGCGCCGGGGGCAGAGCCGCGCCGGGCAGAGGGGCGGCCCGGGGAGCUGCGCCGGGGGCAGAGCCGCGCCGGGCAGAGGGGCGGCCCGGGGAGCUGCGCCGGGGGCAGAGCCGCGCCGGGCAGAGGGGCGGCCCGGGGAGCUGCGCCGGGGGCAGAGCCGCGCCGGGCAGAGGGGCGGCCCGGGGAGCUGCGCCGGGGGCAGAGCCCCGCCGGCCAGAGGGGCGGCCUGGGGAGCUGCGCUGGAGGCAGAGCCGCAGCCGCGCUGAGGCAGGAGCUGGGGCCGUCCGGAGCCGAGUGUGGUGCUGUCUUUUCACUUGGGGGAAGCCUGAACACUGACUGCUCCCCCAUGCUCUGUGAUAUUGCUAGAAACUUGGGUCAGGUGACCUCCACUAACAUUGGGAGCUGCACUGUAUGUGAAAUGGCUGCAUGGAAGCAGCUGGGCUGUGAAACUGGGCUGAUUCUACCGGAUUUCUUCUGUCUUGCCAGUGGAUAA